AUGUCGACCGGCACGAUCUUCAACCAGCCGAAGGCUGCUGUGCGCCUUCCAAGCGACCUAAUCGAAGCAAUCAACAAGGCCGCGGAACCCUUCCCAAUACCAGAUGGCAAGGAGUAUGGCUAUGGUACAGCUGGCUUCCGUAUGAAAGCCAAUGCUGGCUUGGACCAUGUCAUGUACACCGUGGGCCUGAUCGCUGCAGCACGAUCCAAGAAGCGCAAUGCCACAAUCGGUGUGAUGAUUACUGCAUCCCACAACCCGGCCGAAGACAAUGGCGUCAAGCUCGUGGACCCCAUGGGAGACAUGUUGGAACAAUCUUGGGAGAAGUAUGCCACGACUCUGGCAAACACUCCUAGCGACAAGCUGGGACAAGCGUACGAAGAUCUGGUCAACGAAGAGCUUGUAGAUGAGUUACGUCAGAUACAUGACCGGCCAGCGAAAGUCGUCUUCGGUCGCGAUACACGUCCAUCAGGCGUUGCACUGGUGAAGGCCAUGAAGGCUGCGUUGGACGCUCUGAAGGUGGAUUACACAGAUUAUGGCAUUCUGACGACUCCUCAAUUGCACUACAUAGUGCGAUGCAUCAACACGAAGGGCACGGCAUACGAGUUUGGUGAGCCGACAGAGGAAGGCUACUACAAGAAGAUGGCCAGUGCGUUCAAGGUUCUGAUGCAUGGCCGAUCUAUCCAGGGAUCUGUCACUGUCGACUGUGCAAAUGGUGUUGGCGGGCCGAAACUACGCGAGCUUCUCAAAUAUCUGCCUACUGGGCAAGGCGGCAUUGAUAUCAAGGUCGUCAAUGACGAUGUCUCGAAGCCAGAGAUCCUCAACUACGAGUGCGGAGCAGACUAUGUAAAGACCAAACAGCGGGCUCCUCCCAACAUCUCGGUUGGUCCAAACGAGCGCUGUGCGUCUCUGGACGGCGAUGCUGAUCGCGUGGUCUACUACUACACCGACGCCUCCGGUAACUUCACGCUACUUGACGGAGACAGAAUCGCAACGCUUGGUGCAGUCUUUUUGGCCGAUAUGACAAGAACAGCUGGCAUUGACGAGAAGCUCAAGAUCGGCAUCGUACAAACUGCUUACGCCAACGGCGCUUCCACCGAAUAUGUUGAGAAAGUCCUCAAGCUACCUGUCGAAUGCACCAACACAGGUGUCAAGCACCUCCAUCACGCUGCUGCACGAUAUGACAUCGGCGUCUAUUUCGAAGCUAAUGGUCACGGCACAAUCCUUUUCUCCGAGAAUGCCAUUCGCACAAUUCGAGGCACCGAACCGAAGUCGCCGGGUCAGAAACAUGCGCUCGACUCUCUUUCCGCUUGCAUUGAUCUGAUCAACCAGGCCGUUGGUGACGCCAUUUCAGACAUGCUUUUCGCAGAAGUCGUUCUCGCACACAAGACGUGGACGCCCGAGAACUGGAAGAACACCUACAUCGACCUGCCCAACUAUCUUCGCCGCGUGGAGGUGCCAGAUCGGCGCAUCUUCGUGGCCGUGGAUGCGGAGAGGAAGUUGCAGAGUCCGAAGGGCAUGCAAGAGCAGAUCGAUAAUCUCGUGCGUCUCUACGUGAAAGGCCGAAGCUUUGUGCGCGCAUCAGGUACGGAGGAUGCGGUGAGGGUGUAUGCUGAAGCUGCUACGCGUACGGAGGCGGGAAAGUUGGCUAGUAGUGUUGAGGAGCUGGUGAAGGGGGCUUAG